CUUAAAAUUAAUGCGCUCUUGGUUCUCAUUAGCCGGUCAUUUGUCCAUUCGGCCCUUUCCUUUAUACCUUUUAAUCGCUUUUUUGUUUUCACUCUUAUGGCCUCUUCGCUGUAAAUGUCUGCUACUAAAGAAUACGCCGGGUCACUAGCCGAGAACAUGAGCAUGGCGUUCAAUCGCACAACCAGCACUUGUAUCAAUAGCAAAGGUAUAGGGACAGGGGCAGGGGCAAAUAUUAUAGAUGCUGACCAGGUCGUUCGUGGCGAAGACAGCAUGCCCGAACUCCAAGGCACGCUUGUUCUCAGCGCAGAGGAAGAUAAUGCAUAUCGGAGGUAUCUGCGCAAAGCCGAUUUCUACCUCGCGCUGUUUAUGUGUGCUGGAUACAUGAUGAGUUUUCUUAAUCGUGUUGCGCUCACCCAAGCAAAGCCAGUGGGCGUGGCCAUGGAUACAAACAUGUCCGAUAUCACUGUCCCGUUGUCGAUUUUUUAUCUGUCAUAUCUAGUCUUCCAAGUUCCAAGCAACAUCGUGCUCAGACAUGUGCGGCCGAGCUUGUGGCUGGCGUUCCUCGCGACUGGCUGGUCGAUCACAAGCGCUUGUGGCGCGCUGGCCAAAAACAGGGGCGGGAUAAUCGCAGUGCGCGUAUUUAUCGGCGCGUUUGAAGCCGGCUUCACAUCGGGUGUGAUUGCUGUGUUCGCGUCGUGGUAUCCGCGCAAUCAGCUGGCAAAGCGGCUGGGGUGGAUGUAUUCGUCGGCCUCACUUGCCAGUAUGUGGGCCGGGCCGGCAGCAGCAGGCUUGGGUAGCAUAAAGUCGUCUGUGCUCAAGCCAUACCAGAUCUUGUUUAUAUUCUAUGGUGGAAUCUCGUUCUUGUGGAGCUUUGCGGCAUUCUUUGUAGUCAAGGACUAUCCAGACACAUGCAGUUUGCUGAACAAGGACGAAAAAGCUGUUAUCAACAAGAUAAUGGUGCAGCAAGGUACCCAAGGCAACGUUGGCGAGUUCAGCCGCGUUCAGCUUAUGCGGUCACUUCUUGACUGGCGCAUCUGGGCUUGGUCAAUCAUCGGAUUUUGCGCCAACAUUACCUCUUACACGGGCCCGCUGUUUGCGCCGAUAUUUUCAGUUGACAUGGGGUUUGGGCGCGUUGCCGGCCAGGGGAUGUCGGCAAUUCCAAAUCUUGUUUCGUUUUUGGUCGCCUUCUUUUCAGGAGAUCUGAUCCGUAUUGCUGGGAGCACCAGCACUGCCAUCAUGGUCGCGCAAGUUGUCAACAUUGCUGGUCUGUUGAUGGCGGUCGCCACCACCCAAAGCGCAGUGCGGUUUGUUGGCUUGUGCAUAUUUACCGGCGCAAGUAUGUUGACCACCCCAGCAUUUCCCGGGUGGGCGGUUUCGAAUCAGUCAGGCACAACAAGGACGGCAAUAGCAUCCGCCAUGGUAUCGUCGAUUGGCGCUUUCGGUGGGUUUGCCGUCUCAUACAUGUAUCCAGACACAACAGCACCCAGAUAUGUGCCCGGCCAUGUGACAAACAUUAGUGUGUGUGUGGCAGUGAUUGCGGGCACGCUUGUUAUGCGCAUGUGUCUCCAGCGCUCAAACAGGCACAGGGAGCAGUCUCCAGAGGACGUGUCAAAUAUGUCCCCCGCCGAGCUAGCCGACCUCGGGGACAAGCACCCAGCAUUUAGGUACCGCCUGUAAUGUUCAAACUGCUAAAAACUUACAGCAGAGGAACGUGUCGC